AUGUUUUCAAGAUCAUUGGUUAAUGGUGGCAGAUCAAUGGCUGCCACUAGAUCAGUAGCCAAUUCGAGAUUAUUGUUCAAAUCCAAUAUUUCAAAAUAUUCCACUUCUGCAUCAACUAAAUCAAAGGGCUCUUUGAUUGGUAGAAUCGUUAAAUACAGUUUUUACGGUACCGUUGCUUCUGUCGUUGGUACUGUUGGAUUUGUUGGUUACAAGAUUUUUCAAGAAUCCAAACCAGUUGACCAAGUCAAACAAACUCCAUUCUUCCCAAAUGGUGAAAAAAAGAAAACUUUGGUCAUUUUGGGUUCUGGUUGGGGUUCCAUUUCUUUGUUGAAAAACUUGGAUACCACCUUGUAUAACGUUGUCAUUGUCUCCCCAAGAAACUAUUUCCUUUUCACUCCAUUAUUGCCUUCUGUCCCAACUGGUACCGUUGAAUUGAGAUCCAUCAUUGAACCUGUUAGAACCGUUACUAGAAGAACCCCUGGUCAAGUUAUCUAUCUUGAAGCUGAAGCUACCAGCAUUGAUCCAAAAAAGAAUGAAUUGACUAUUAAACAAAGUACUACUGUUGUUUCUGGUCAUUCUGGUAAAGACACUUCCUCCGCUAAAUCCACUGUUUCUGAAUACACCGGUGUUGAAGAAAUCACCACCACUUUAAACUAUGAUUACUUGGUUGUUGGUGUUGGUGCCCAACCAUCCACUUUUGGUAUUCCAGGUGUUGCUGAAAACUCUACUUUCUUGAAAGAAGUCAGUGACGCUACUGCUAUUAGAAAGAAGUUGAUGGAUGUUAUUGAAGCUGCUAACAUUUUACCAAAAGGUGAUCCAGAAAGAAAGAGAUUGUUGUCUGUUGUUGUCUGUGGUGGUGGUCCAACUGGUGUUGAAGCUGCUGGUGAAAUCCAAGAUUACAUUGACCAAGAUUUGAAGAAAUGGGUUCCAGAAGUUGCCGAUGAACUUACCGUUACCUUAGUUGAAGCUUUGCCAAAUGUUUUGAACACUUUCAACAAGAAAUUGAUUGAAUAUACCAAAGAAGUUUUCAAGAGCACUAACAUUAACUUGAUGACCAAUACCAUGAUUAAAAAAGUUGACGGUAAAGAAGUCAUUGCUAACCACAAGAAUGCAGACGGAUCCACUGAAACCAUCCAAAUUCCUUAUGGUCUUUUGAUUUGGGCUACCGGUAAUGCUCCAAGAAACUUCACUCAUGAUUUGAUUUCUAAAGUUGAUGCUCAAAAGAAUGCCAGAAGAGGUUUAUUGGUUGAUCAACAUUUGAAAGUCGAUGGUACUGAUAACAUUUAUGCCUUGGGUGACUGUACUUUUACCAAAUACCCACCAACUGCUCAAGUUGCUUUCCAAGAAGGUGAAUACUUGGCCAACUAUUUUGAUAAAUUACACCAAGUUGAAUCUUUGAAAUACACUAUUGGUCGUGCUACUGAACAAGAUAACGUUCCAACUUUAAGCAAGAAAUUGGCUAGAUUGGAAAAGAACUUGCCACAUUUCAUUUACAAUUAUCAAGGUUCAUUGGCUUACAUUGGUUCUGAAAAGGCUGUUGCUGAUUUGGUCUGGGGUGAUUGGUCAAACAUUAGUGCUGGUGGUAGUUUGACUUUCUUAUUCUGGAGAUCUGCUUAUAUUUACAUGUGUUUAUCUGUUAAGAACCAAGUGCUAGUUGUUUUGGAUUGGGCUAAAGUUUACUUAUUUGGUAGAGAUGUCUCCAAGGAUUAG